AUGGCUGCAACAGCCCAAAUCCAAGCAGCCACGCUUGAAAAGUUCAUCGCAGGAUGGAAGAAGUGGACACCUGAAGACAUGAUGGCAGUCUGGUCUGACGACUGUGAACAAAGAAUGCUGCCUUUCUCACUGGGCGUUCCACCCCGUUCUCGAGCAGAAGUCAAAGUCAUUCUGCCUAAGCUCAUAGAGGUUCUGACCAAUUUUGAGCUCGAGGUCUACCAAGUUAUCCACGAUGCUGCAAAAAGCAAGGCUGUCAUCUAUGCGACGACGAGGGCAGAUACGCCCUUCGGAGAAUUUAAGUGCACCAACGAGUACGCAGUCUUUGUGACAUUCACAGAGGAUGGAAAGCAGAUUAAUAGAAUGGAAGAGAUGGUGGAUACAGCAUUCUAUCAGGAGUUUUUCCCGAAGUUCCAGAAAUAUCUGAGCGAACAAAGGGCUUCAGAGUGA